UUUGGCGCUUCGGUGUUGAAGACAGCUCUUGUACUGGACUGUGGUGUGGGUUUUAGGGUUUUCUCGAACUCGCUUACUCUGGUUCCGUUCCUUCCCCCGAUCGGUUUCGUUCGCCUCUGUGUUUUUAGGGUUUAGCGCAAAGAGAUUGAAGCAUGGACAUGGAUACUUCUCCAAUCUAUUUCGACCCCCAAGAUCUCAGCAGCAGGGAGCAGUAUCGUCGCUACAGGAAAAGACAAUCCACCUCAAAUGUGUCUCCUAUUUCAGGACAGUCAGUAUCAAAGUUUUCUGAGGCAAGAUUAUUAUAUGAAGGAAACAAUAUUCAAAGACGCCCUAAUACUGCACUUGUACUCGAGGAUAUCAAAGAAGAAGUAACAUCAAUUGAUAGUCAUCUAGUAUCUGAGUUUAAAUUUGGCUCUGAUUCAAUCCGUCAAGGAACCCACUCACUGAAACUUAUAAAAAAUGAGGAUGAUGGUCUGGGUGAAAGUGGCGAUUCAACUUUUAGGUUGUUCGCCUCACUACUUGACUCUGCACUUCAAGGGUUGAUGCCCUUUGCUGAUCUCAUUUUGCAAUUUGAGAAGGCAUGUCGGAGCGUUUCUGAAUCAAUCAGGUAUGGUAGUACUGGCAGGCAUAGAGUAGUGGAGGACAGAUUUAUGCAACAAAAGGCUCGGCUAUUGCUUGAUGAGGCUGCAUCUUGGUCACUUCUGUGGCAUCUAUUUGGGAAAGGAAAUGAAGAGCUUCCUAGUAAACUACUAUUGUCUCCACCAACUUCACAUCAGCGGGCCUGCCAGUUUGUUAUGAUGGAUCACACAGCACAGUUAUGCCUUCGCAUCAUUCUUUGGCUUGAAGGACUAGCUUCAGAAUCUCUUGAUUUGGCAAAAAGGGUGAGAGGGUCACACGUAGGUUCCUAUUUUCCAAACUCUGGUGUUUGGAUACAUACACAAAGGUUUUUGAAGAAUAAGAAGGAUGAUCCUGCUAUAGUUCAUCAUGUUGAUUUUGAUGCCCCAACACGUGAAGUAGCUCAACCAAUUUUGGAUGACAAAAAGCAAGAUGAAUCUUUGCUAGAGGAUAUCUGGACUUUACUUCGAGCUGGAAGACUAGAGGAAGCAUGCGAGUUGUGUCGUUCAGCUGGACAGCCAUGGAGGGCUGCAAGUCUUUGUCCUUUUGGAGGUCUUGAACAUUUUCCAUCCGUUGAAGCCAUGCACAAAAAUGGAAACAUGAGGCAAUUGCAAGCUACUGAAUUGGAAAGUGGCAUUGGGCACCAAUGGCGCCUUUGGAGAUGGGCAUCAUAUUGUGCAUCAGAGAAGAUCGCUGAGCAGGAUGGUGGAAGGUACGAGAUGGCUGUCUAUGCAGCACAGUCUAGUAACUUGAGGCGUUUGCUGCCAAUCUGUACUGACUGGGAGUCAGCUUGUUGGGCAAUGGCAAAGUCAUGGCUUCAUGUCCAAGUGGACAUAGAAUUAUCUCAACCUCAACAAGGUAGAGUGGAAGGCAAACCGUUUGGAGAUGAUGUAAAUGGAUCUACAGUAGAAAGUUGGCCAUAUCAUGUAUUUGAUCAGCAACCACGGGAUCUUCCAGCACUACUUCAAAAACUUCAUUCAAGUGAGGUUGUUAAUGAAACAGUUUCUAGAGCUUGCAAAGAACAACAUCGGCAAAUUGAGAUAAAUCUCAUGCUAGGAGAUAUAGGACACCUUCUAGAGCUACUAUGGGCUUGGAUAUCCCCUGCAGAAGAUGAUCAAAAUAUUCUGAGGCCUAAUGGAGACCCUGAACUGAUUCGCUUUGGAGCACAUGUAGUUCUGGUUCUUCGUAAUCUACUUGAUGAUGACAUGAAGGAAGCCUUCAAGGAGAAGCUGAUGGUUGUUGGUGAUCUCAUACUUCAUAUGUAUUCUAUGUUUUUAUUUUCUAAACAACACGAGGAAUUGGUUGGAAUAUAUGCCUCUCAGCUUGCCCGUCACCUUUGUGUGGAUCUCUUUGUCCAAAUGAUGGAGCUCAGAUUAAAUAGCAGCAUUCAUGUCAAGUAUAAGAUCUUUCUAUUGGGUAUGGAAUAUCUGCCUUUCUCAUCGGAAGAUGGUUCAAAAGCUUGUUUUGAGGAGAUUAUAGAGAAGGUACUUUUGAGAUCACGGGAAACAAAACCUAAUAAAUAUGAUGGCAAAUUGUCUGAUGUUGUAGAACAGCUUCGUCUGCAAUCUCUUCAAAAAGCUACUGUUAUUCAGUGGCUCUGUUUCUCUCCACCUUCUACCAUAAGACAUUUUGAGAUCAUCAAUGCAAAGCUUCUUACAAGGGCUUUAUUGCAUAGUAACAUACUGUUCAGGGAGUUUUCAUUAAUAUCCUUGUCAAGAGUUCCUAAGUUGCCUAUAGGACCACAUAUGUUACUCAGUUUCUUGGCUGAACCACUGAAACAGCCUGAAGAAACUCUACUUUCUCUUGAAGAAGAUGAUGUCAGUGAGAAUCUUGAAGAGUUUAAAGAUUGGCGUGAGUAUUAUGCAUGUGAUGCAACCUAUCGGAAUUGGCUUAAAUUUGAACUUGAGAAUGGAGCUAUUCCACCUUCUGAGAUUUCUUCAGAAGAAAAGGAUAGAGCCAUCGCUGCAGCAGUAGAAACACUAAAUACGUCAUUGUCACUUUUACUAAGAGGAACCCCUUGGUUGAAUGCAGCUAAUAGUAGUAUCCAUGAUCCUACUGGGAAUGUUUAUAUUGAACUGCAUGCUACUGCUAUGCUCUGUCUGCCUUCCGGUGAAUGCAUGAUCCCUGAUGCAACCUCUUGUACAACAUUGACUAGUGCACUCUACUCAUCAGUCAGUGAUGACGAUGUGGUAAAUCGUGAAUUACGGGUCAAUGUUGCAAUUUCUUCAAGUGACAACUAUUGUGUCGAAAUUGUACUUCGCUGCUUGGCUGUGGAUGGUGAUGGGCUUGGACUUCAUGAAGCUAAUGAUGGUGGCCUUCUUGCCACUAUUAUGGCUGCUGGUUUCAAAGGUGAGCUUAACCGGUUUCAACCUGGAGUGAGAAUGGAGAUAUUUCGGCUUGAUGCUUGGUAUUUCAAGGAAGAUCUAUUGAUAAACCCUGCUAAUUACAUAGCGAAAGGGCUUAAUCGUAGGUGCUGUCUACCAGAAAUUAUUCUUCGUUGUAUGCAGGUGUCAGUUUCUCUUGCUGAAAUGGGCAAUUUGAAAGAUCAUCGUGAUGCACUUGUAGAAUUAGUUGCUUCUUCAGAAUAUGGAAUCCUUCAUUUGUUUAGUCAUCACCAGUUACAGGAAUUUUUAUUGAUUGAAAGGGAAUGCUCAUUACACGCAAUGGAGUACGAAGAAGAGCUGUCUGUCAUUAAUUCUCAACAAGAAUGAUGGUAAUUUUUGAUUAGAACAGUGGACAUUUUAACUCAGAAAACUAGAUAUUUGAAGGUAAAAAGUGGUGAGAUUAGGCAAAUGAAAGGCGCAAGAAGAAUGGAGCAGGAUAGCAAAUUGAACAAAUUCUGAUUCUCAUAAUUUAAUGUAGUCUCAGCUUUAUUUUUGACUUUCAAUGUUCAUAGAUCAUUGGAGAAGAGUGCUUAUGAUGUUUCAGAAAUUAGUUUACUAAAGAGGGGAAUAUGGAUGGGUUUUGAAUUUAUUGUAGUCUUACUUUGCAUUUUUGUAAGAUGCUAUUUUUGCA